UUCUGUCAUUUCCAUGUCUUUGUAUUGUCAAAACUUGUCGUUAUUCAAAAUUUAAACAAAAUUAUGUAGAUCAUUUGGGAGGAAAUACCCAUUACACAUUCUUUAUCAGAUCUAUAUGACAAAUACGACCGGAUACCGUUGGUUGUUAGGUGUUAUCGAAACACCAUUGCGAAAUUAUGUUGUGGUGAGACAGUGACAACUUUUUACUUUGUUUAGAUGUUGCCUUCUACUGCAAUUUUACUCAUUAAUUUAGUGGUCAAAAGAAAUGGAUCAAGAUAAACCAGUUUUCUCUGGUCUAUUGUUACUUCCUCCACAGGCAAAACUGUUAAUUAAGAAAACUUGGCAUCAGAGAUUCUGUCAGUUAUAUAAAGCAAGCAAAUUUGGCAUCGAAAGAUUAGAAAUAUAUGAUGGGGUGGAUGAAAAUUCAAUAACUAAAAACUCAUCGUCGAGAAUAAUUACACUAGAAAAUUGUGUUAAAAUAGCUCAAAAACAUGAAACAGCGUUUCAGUUGAUUACCAAAACGGCUAGUUAUGAAUUUAACACUAUCACACAGCAAUCAUUAAAAGAAUGGUUAGCUGCACUUCAAUCGGUUGCCUUCAAGGAUGAAACUUCUCGAAUAACUAGUAUUGAAGAAGAUAAUGAUCUCUAUUGCUCUUCCAGCGAUGAAAUGUUUAAUGUUACAUUGCAUGCAUCUGAAGCAUCUGAAAGAUGCGGGUUAUAUCCGGAAAACUACAUAUUGGUGUUAAAUGCGACAGCAAUUCAGAUACGUGAUAAUGAAACUAAUAAACUAUUGUAUACUUGGCCAUAUAGAUUUAUACGAAGGUACGGAUAUCGUGAAGGCAAAUUUACAUUUGAAGCGGGUCGCAAAUGUGAAUCUGGGGAAGGAAUAUUUCAUUUAGAACAUUCUAAUCAAAAAGCAAUAUUCAGAUGUGUUGCUUCAAAAAUGAAAUCUAUGAAGAAACUGCUAAUCAACGAGGCAAAUUCGUCUAUCUUAGACUGUGGGGAUAAUCAAUUUCAAGCAACAUUAGGAAUGGAAGCUCGUUCUCAUACACCAUUACCGCCAUCACCUACUACAUCAUCCUCGGCACAGGACAUAGAAUCUGAUACCUCAAACCUCACAGCGAACUCCUUAUUCGACUCGUCAUUUGAAAAGAAAUUAACUGCGAUCACCAAUACAAAAGUGAUUCCAAUGAAACCGCCUAGAAAAUUUAUUGGAACAAAACCAGAAGGAAAUUUGAAGCAUUCAAAUUACGAAGCAGUAAACAAAUAUGAUCAAGUCGAAUUUCGAAAUGAAGCUUGGCGUACAUUAGGAACGGACGAUAUUAAGCACACAGAAAAUAUCGACGAAGAAGAGUUGGAGGAAUAUGUCUCGUGGGGUCGUAAAGCGAACAAUUCACCCAUAGAGCACCUCAACUUGCCAAAAGUGACAAAAAUUAUAAAUGUCUCCCCGAAUGUAGAUGAUAGGUACGAUCGUUUAAAUUUCUUUGGAUUGAGCGGUAAAUUAAAUGUGAAAAAUUCCAAAUACCAACAGAUCCCUACUGCACCAGUAUUACCUGCACAAUCUCCAUCUUCGUUUAAUGAUUAUGACGAAGUGGUUCCCACCAUGGAGAGUGUGCGAAUUGCAGAUGAUUCUCAUUUAGGAUAUGCCAUGAUUCGAAAAAUGCCUAAAGAGUCCAUUGAUCACCAAUUAUACAAUAAUGAGCCUUAUGCUGUAAUUAACAAACCAAAACGUGUCUAGUCUUUUGCAGUGGACAUUCUGAACAUAGUGAUCAUUAAACUUAACUGUGCCACGUUAAGUAUUUACUAAGUUUGAUGGCCACAACUACUGUAAGGGAAAGAAGCCAAUAUUAUGUGAUUAAUAUCUAAGUAUUAUAAUUAAAGAAAUCCUUUAUGGGUAUGUUUAGUACCGGAUAUUAUGCAACGAAUUUUUAUUAAUAACAUUUAUAAAUGUAGUU